UUUACAUAUUCAAAAUGAAACCAACAACUCCAGACUAGAUCAAGAGCGAGCUAGCUCUUUACCUUGACGCGAGUACGCAAAGAGAUAAGAACGAUGGGUAUUCAUAAUUCCGAUGAUAGCUCGGCUGCCACUUUCGUAAUCAAGAAUCCGACGAUUAAGUUCACAAAGCUGUUCAUCAAUGGAGAAUUUGUUGAUUCCAUUUCAGGAAAAACAUUCGAGACGAUAGACCCAAGAACAGGAGAUGCGAUAACGAGAGUUGCAGAAGGAGAUAAGGAAGAUGUUGAUUUAGCAGUGAAGGCUGCUCGUCAAGCUUUUGACCACGGUCCAUGGCCACGCUUGCCUGGCUCUGCGAGAGGAAGGAUAAUGAUGAAAUUUGCGGACUUGAUUGAGGAAAAUGUAGAAGAACUAGCUGCCUUGGAAACAUUGGAUGCUGGUAAAUUGUUCAGUGUGAACAAGGCCAGGGACAUUCCUCACGCAGCAAGUUCUCUGCGUUACUAUGCAGGUGCAGCUGAUAAAAUACAUGGAGAGGUGCUAAAAAUGUCACGUGAACUUCAUGGAUACACUUUGCAAGAACCUAUCGGUGUCGUGGGACAAAUCAUUCCUUGGAAUUAUCCUUCGGUCAUGUUCUUCUUGAAGGUUAGCCCUGCUUUAGCCGCCGGUUGCACUAUGAUCAUCAAGCCUGCUGAGCAAACUCCUCUGACAGCUCUGUACUAUGCUCAUCUUGCAAAGCUGGCUGGUAUUCCUGAUGGAGUGCUCAACGUUGUAACCGGAUUAGGAUCAAAUGCCGGGGCUGCCAUUAGCUCUCACAUGGACAUUGAUGCGGUCAGUUUUACUGGGUCCACAGAAGUUGGACGUAAAAUAUUGCAAGCUGCCGCUACAAGCAAUUUGAAAGUGGUGUCACUUGAAUUAGGUGGCAAGUCGCCUCUCAUAAUUUUCGAUGACGCCGAUGUUGAUAUAGCUGCUGAUCUUGCUCUCUUUGGUGCCUUGUAUAACAAGGGAGAAAUAUGCGUUGCAAGUUCUCGUGUUUACGUUCAAGAAGGGAUAUACGAUGAAUUUGUGAAGAAGUUGGUGAAAAAGGCAAAAACUUGGGUGGUUGGGGAUCCAUUUGAUCCUAAAGUCCAACAAGGACCACAGAUCGAUAAGAUGCAACAUGAAAAAGUUCUUUCCUAUAUAGAGCAUGGCAAGAGAGAAGGAGCCACACUGCUAACCGGUGGCAGAUCCUUGGGUGAAAAAGGAUAUUUCAUUGAGCCUACAAUUUUCAGUGAUGUAAACGAAGAAAUGCUGAUAGCGAAAGAUGAAAUAUUUGGACCUGUUAUGGCGCUAGCCAAGUUCAAAACUAUUGAGGAGGCGAUUAAGAGGGCCAACAACACUAGAUAUGGGCUAGCAGCAGGGAUCGUGACAAAGGACUUGAAUGUGGCUAACACUGUCUCAAGAUCAAUCCGUGCAGGCACCAUUUGGAUAAAUUGCUAUUUUGCUUUUGACAAUGACAUCCCUUUUGGAGGGUAUAAGAUGAGUGGGUUUGGAAAAGAUUAUGGAUUGGAUGCCCUUCACAAGUAUCUUCAAGUUAAAUCUGUUGUAACUCCCCUUUAUAAUACUCCCUGGCUUUGAAUUAAUAUUCCUUAAUUCAGGCCUCCCAACAAUCUGGAAAAUAAUGAGGUAGCGGCGUAUAAUGUGCCCUGCUCGACCGAGAUAAAGUACUAUAUUUAUCAUAAAUAUAUAGCCAGUACUGUUAUCUGUUGUAAGUUUGAACUAGUUGAUUAAUCAUUCAUGUGUUUGUGGUACAGCGAGUUCAUGUUUAA